UAAAUAAUGUCUGAAUAUUCUUGUUUGGGACUAAACUAGGAAAACUAAAAGGGGACAUUUUUAUUGAGGUUACUAAACAGCAAUUUAGAUCUUGAAUCAAUAAUUACAUAAUUUUGUGAUUAGUACCAUCCCAUUUCAGAAGAUCAUCCCAAAUGGAAAACUGAUCCAUAUCGAGGAUUCCCAGAAAGCCAACCCACUGUAAGUAAACAAAUCCCCCCAACAAACUUUCAAUUGAAAAAUGAAAACAAAAACGAAAACACCUUCCCACCAGUUCCUCUACUUUCUUGUCUCUUCUUCCCUUCCAAUGCACUCCUUCUGACUGCAACUUCUCACCCGUUUUGGCCAUUUUCUCACUUUACACCACUCUUUCUUCUUCUUCUUCUUCUUCUUCUUCUUCUGUUCACAAUCGAAGCGAUCUACUUCCCGUUUUAAUUUCACUGAAAUUACCAAAUUAAUUGCGGUUUGAUUGGCGUGUAUUGCAAAGAUUACAUUUUUAUUUGGGGAAAGAAGGGAAGUCGGAGUAUUGAAAUGGUUGAGACGGCAACGACGCCGACUUGGCGGAAUCAGCUGCCGCUCCACCAUCACCGGCGGUGGAUCCCUACUUUCUUCUCGACCCAAAAGACCCUUUUAGCCGCUCUAUGGAUCGCCUUCUUCUUCACCUUGUUUAUGUGGCAGCAGAGGAGCGCCACACCUGGGUUUUUGUUUUUCAGGCGAAAUUUCGUUGCUAGAUCAUUUCCGAAGCUCCGGCCGGUGGCUUUUAACUUGACGGAUUUUGGGGCGGUGGGGGAUGGGGUUACUGUAAAUACAGCUGCUUUUGAGAGUGCGGUGAUGGCGAUUUCUAAGCUUGGGAAGAAAGGCGGUGGGCAGCUCAAUGUGCCACCUGGGUAUUGGCUCACUGCCCCUUUUAAUCUUACCAGUCAUAUGACUUUGUUCCUAGCUGAAGGUGCUGAAAUUCUCGGACUUAAUGACGAGAAGUACUGGCCUCUCAUGCCUCCAUUGCCAUCCUAUGGUAAAGGAAGAGAACAUCCUGGCCCUCGAUAUGGAAGUUUAAUCCAUGGCCAAAAUCUUAAAGAUGUUGAGAUUACAGGACAUAAUGGUACAAUCAACGGGCAGGGCCAGACAUGGUGGAAGAAGUAUCGACAAAAACUUCUAAACCACACCAGGGGACCUCUUGUACAGAUUAUGUGGUCCAGUGACAUCUUGAUCCACAACAUAACUCUACGCGAUUCUCCAUUUUGGACGCUCCAUCCGUAUGACUGUAAGAAUGUGACCAUCAGAAAUGUGACUAUCUUGGCUCCCGUCUUUGAAGCUCCUAACACUGAUGGAAUAGAUCCAGAUUCAUGUGAGGAUAUGGUGAUUGAGGACUGUUACAUAAGUGUUGGAGAUGAUGCCAUUGCCAUAAAGAGUGGUUGGGACCAAUAUGGAAUUGCUUAUGGACGACCUUCAAAGAAUAUACUAAUUCGAAACCUUGUGGUUCGCUCAAUGGUCAGUGCUGGCAUAUCAAUAGGCAGUGAAAUGUCUGGUGGCGUGUCAAAUGUCACUGUAGAGAACGUCCUUGUUUGGAGCUCGAGGCGUGCUGUAAGGAUCAAAACAGCCCCCGGGAGAGGAGGUUAUGUGCGGGAUAUCACGUAUAGGAAUGUAACAUUUGAGAACCUCAGGGUAGGGAUUGUGAUCAAGACCGAUUAUAACGAACAUCCUGAUGAAGGAUUCGACCCAAAGGCAGCUCCAAUUUUGGAGAACAUAAACUACUUCUCAAUUCAUGGCGAGGGAGUUCGUGUGCCAGUUCGUAUCGCUGGGAGUGAAGAAAUCCCAGUGAGGAAAGUAACUUUCCGGGACAUGUCAGUUGGAAUAACUUACAAGAAGAAGCACAUAUUCCAGUGUGCUUAUGUUGAAGGCCGGGUAAUCGGGACCGUUUUUCCAGCCCCUUGUGAGAACCUUGAUCUAUACGACGAACAAGGAAACCUAAUCAGAAAAUCAACCUCACAAAACGUUUCGGAUAUAGAUUAUGAUUUUUGAGUUUUCUUUCUUUCUUUUAAGGGGCCAGUUUUUGGGUACAUUCAAUCCUUUUUGGCCUGUUGAUGUAAUCCUGAUACAACUAGUUUCUUCUCCUUUUUUUUUUUUCUGCGUCCUUUCACCCUGUAACUUUUUCUAUGAUAGUAGUGUAUAUACAUCUCCCAAAGAAAGUCAAAUCUACUGUGGAUAGCUGAAAUUAUAGAAUCUCUGAAGCAUUUUGCUUCAUCAUCUUCUUAUCCAAUCUUAAAACUAUUUACAGUGGACACAUGCAAAUUUUGUCUAGAUUCCUUGGUUCCAGC